AUGUUUUUUGGAGGUGCUUUGAUUCCAAUUAUGGAUGAUCUAGGAAUCUACAAUGCCACUUGUCCUAUUCUUGUGGUUACCGUUACUCUAUGGGACACAGAAGCUACUAAUUUCAAUGCCAACGAAGGGGAUAUUAUGUCAAUAAUGGAAGGAAAAAUUAUCGAUUACAAAAAUGUCAAGAAAAUAAGUAUGACUGGAUCUUCAAAAAUCGAAAUUAAUCCUAAUUGGAAUGAAACCUUAGAUCUCCAAAACUGGUAUAAAGAGUUUGAAAAAAAAGAAUUUUUAAAUCUAUCUCAAAUGUCUAUCGGUUCUCAAGAACAUAAUACGUCUGAAACAUCUCAACGUAUUUUGCAACAAAACAAAAUUGAUGACAAUUUGAUUUCUAAAAGAUUACUGAAGCUGAAUGAUGAAGAGCAUAAGAUAAAAAGGGAAAGAACUAAUUUAAAUUUUAAGAAACAACGACUUUCAAUGGAACGAGAGAGUAUUAAAAGUCAUCUGGAAAACUAAUUUUAUGAUAGAUACUAUGAUGUAUUAAAUUUUAAUACAUUUUAUAUUAUUCUCGAUUUGUCCUUUCUUCUGAAUUAUAAUUAUAAUAA